AUGGAGCUGUUCUACAUAAACUCCACGCUCUUCAUCUCGCACAGACCUGGCAACACCACGGAGCUGGAGAAGACCGUGUACCAGGUGUGCGUGCAGAUGCCCGCCGUCCUCAUCUGGUACCUGACCCUGCAGUUCAUCAACAUGUUCCUGGGGAUCCCGGCCAACAUCACCGUGCUGUGGCUCAUCCGCCGCAACAAAGGCGACUCCUCCACCUCCGACAUCUUCAUCCUCCACCUUGCCAUCCUGGACGUCUUCUUCUGCCUCAUCCCGCCGCUCGAACUGGCCAACAUCGUCUUCAUCACGACCAGCAGCACCUGGUACGUCCUUCGCUUCUUCUACGGCAUGAAGGACUCCUCGCCGCUCUUCCUGUCCUGCAUUUGCCUGGACAGGUACAUGGCCGUGGUGCACCCUCUGACCUUCACCGAGCUCAAGGACCGUAAGCACCGGGCCGUUCUGGCCUUGCUGGUCUGGGUAGUGAUCCUGGCCUACGCCGCGGCCAAGUGCGUCGGGAACAUCGCCAACUUCGACAAGGUGUUCACGUGGAUGAUCCUGGCGGCCUUCGGGUUCAUGGUCUUCUGCAAUAUCGCCAUCUUGUGGGCCCUGCGUCAGUCCGGACCGGGCCGAGACGAGAUGCACCCGGUGAAGAAGAGGGCUUUCAAAAUGGUGCUGAUCAUCCUGGCGAUCAUUGUGUUUAACUACUUCCCUCCCGUGGCGCUGUUUCCCUUCAGAGAAUACUUUUCGUCGGAUGUUUUUCGCUGUUACAUCCACUACGUGGCGUUCGGGCUGAUGGACUUCAGCAGCAGCAUCCAGCCCAUGCUCUACCUCUCCAAAGGCCUGUCCCCGCACUGCUGCAGCCGCACUCACACGGCACACAGCUAA